CCCCCGGAUAACCACAGUUGUCCAGUUGAGUAGCUGCGGCCACCGGCGACUGACGAGCGAUCAGAACGAUCAGAUCGCUUUGCCGAGUUCAAACAACCGUGUACAAAUAUAAACUAGAUUGCAAAUGCGCCAGUAUUUGUGUGUGAUUUUCGUGUAUUUGUAUGCCCGAGCUUAGCCAAUUCCUACGAGUAUAGGCAUAUAUAUAGUAGCGCCAGAAGUCGCGAACGCGCAUUCGAACAUCAAACAUCUACGGUCAACGUCUAACGGUGUAACGGUCUAUCGAACGAAAUCGAAAUUAAAUCGAAGCCGAAACCGACGUACGAAGUAAUCGAAGCAAUUCGAUAAAACCCGAUCAUUUCCGGUGUGUGUGUGUGUGUGUGCUGUAAAAGUAAAACAAAAUCAAACCCCUGGAAUUACUGCUGCAGCCAUCUCUUUCGCACUUGCGACUCACGCACCACGCAGCAGAAAACAAAAAAAAAUAUACAACAAAAUCAGCAACAGCAAGCUCUGCUAAUUUUAAACGACGGCAAAUGGCAACCUCGACGUGGAUGUGACAGUGGAUGUGGAUGCGAAUGCUAGAGCGGAUUAUGCAACUGCGGCCAGACUUUGGAGAGAACGCGAGGGACCCGCAGAUAGACGGUUUAAUUAUCAGUGCCAGAUUAUUAUCACAGCAGCGGCGAUGCAGCGGCGGUGAGGCUUGCGGAGAUUACCGGUUGCGGAAUGCAUUUAGUUACCUGACUGCUUCAAAAACAUCCGAGCCGCCGACGAGCAGCGUUCAGGAGCGCUCCUAGUCGAAAAAAAAAGUGAUAAUUGCUUUUAAUUGGGGGCGAAUUAGGAGAUUCCCCAGUGACAACAACAGUGAGAAAAGAACAAAACCCAACGAGAUGUUGACCACGGACAAGGGCAGUUCCCAUUGCCAUGGAGCAUCGGUGACGGAUCAGCAGCUCCUGCAGCACCUCCAUCCACAAUCCCCAUCACAUCCACAUCCGGUGCGUCUGCAAAUGCAUUCUACACCCACAGCCACAUCCACAGCAACACCCAAACCCAAACCCACACCCACCAUCCACCUGAGCGCACACUCACCUGCCUGCGAGAAGCGUCUGGAGGCGGAAACACCGCGACGGGAUCUCCAUGAGCUGCUGCUGGAGCUGCUGGACAUGCUGCUAUCCUGCCUGGUGGUGGCUCCCUGUGUGAUUGCCUACUGGCGCGGCACCUGGGAGCUGAUGGGUGUCUACCUGUUCCCUCGCAGUUUGCCGCUUUCGGCCUUGGCCAGCUUUCUGAUAGGCGGACUAGGCCACUUCCUCUUCACCGUCACGCAGAACUUCUUCAAGGAGCAUGUGCAUCCGGACAGGAGGCGACUCACCUACUACACCGUAUCGCGACUCUAUACGGCCGUCUUUGGGAUCGUCUGCGUUAAUAUGUGGCGCGGUGCCUGGCUGCUCUGCGACUGGCUGACCAGCAUCGACUCCCUGAUAAUCGUCUCCGUGGUCACGGCCAUCGCACUGGUCUUCCUGGUGGCCACCAGGACGCUGAGGAACCUGGGCGCAGCCCCCUAUACGGUCACCAUGGACCACAAGAGCGACUACUUUGAGGUGGACACCAUGUUCAAAAUACCCGGUUUUCAUCAACCUGGCCUGUAUGUGUUGGACACCCUGUUCUCGGUCUUUGUCAUUGGCAGUUUGGUGGUCAUCGCCUGGCGCGGAGUUUGGGGAAUCUUUGACUUGCUGCUCUUUCCGGCGGAUCGGGCCAAGUCAGCCUGGGGAUCGCUGCUCAUUGGGUAUCUCACAGUGUUUGUGACCUUCCUCAUCCACCCACUGAUGCGGUAUGUGUGCCGUCGUAUAAGCGGAAUCCCCAAGCUGAUCAUAUGCGACAUUUACUAUAUGAUGACUUUCUUUGGGGCUGUGAAUGCCUGGCGCGGCAUUUGGAAUCUACUGGAUGUGUACUUGUAUCCAGAUAACAGGCUGCUGAGCUUCUGGCUGACGCACCUAGUGCCAUUCCUGCUCCUCGCUGCCCUCAAGUGCUCCAAUUCCAUCCUGGUGCGUGGGGUUUUCAUCGAUGCCGAGGGCGUGGGCGCCGAUAGUGUCGAUAUACCCAUCAACUAUGUGCGGCUGCACUUCCUCCGCGAACGCCGGAAGAAGUGUGCCAAUCAGACGACAUCAUCUUCGCAGUCGCCACCGCCGCAUUACUAUCUAAAACCGGAGCACGCCUCACUCGGCCGGAAUGCGGAAAAGGACAAGGAGGCGCAGAGCAGUCUCAUCGAGAAGCCACAUCCCGCCGUGCAGAUCGUUUAGGGAUCCGGCGCGUCGGACCAUUCCUGGCCCACUUGUUGUCGUUAAUAUCGUUUCUAUGUCUAGAUGUUAAAUUAGUUUUAAUCGCCUAAGCUUAAUCCUACCGAGCUUACUUAAGAGUCAGAUGUUUAGCAUUAACCCAAUAGAUGUAGUCCCGAUCCCAAAUCCCAAGCUGUACAGAAAGAUCUAAGGAUCGACGUAUUUAGAUUAUAAGUAUAUUUGCAUUUUCCACUACAGGUCUGUGUUUAAAAAUGUAGCCUGGUAACGAAAAAACCCUCACCCAAUCAACUAAGCGUAUAAACAUUGUACAUUGGUAUUUUCAUAUAUCGCAAUAAACAAAGAAAUAAAUUUGUAAAUACUAUAUAACCAA